UGAUCUACUUCUUCACAGCAGCAAUGUCUCACUUUGCAACACCUUUUAUUACUGUAAACUUAGGCUGUGAGAUGAUUUAUGUCAUUGAACAAAGAUUAAAGGCCCAAAAUAUUGCAGCAGAGAAGUCCGAAAGAGUACUCACCGACGUAGUGACAGUGCUGCUACACCCAACACUUUUAGAAGAGCUAUUUAUACCGCAGCCGGUCGCAACACAUGCCGUUUUAAAGCAACUUCUUCAGGAUAUCUCGGCCACGUCUAUUAUGAAAUUAGACGAUUAUUCCAUGAGCAAAUUAUGGGAUUUAAUGACUAUGAUAUACAAAUGGCAAUUAUCAGUGGCUACAAAUCAAAACAUUUUUGACAUUACCCGGCGACAUUUAAAAAGUGUUGCCAUAUUAAUGCCUAAAAAUUUCCCGAAAUGCAUCAUCGAGCAUACCAUGAGGAAAUUUGAGACACUGGCUCAACGUUUUACAGACGAUGACUAUAAAUGUUUAAGCAACACUCUCAUACUUUGGUUUUCCGAAUACCAUACAAAAAUAUCCGUUUUGCUAAGAUUGGGAUUGCAAAGAAAGGAUGGGACAUUCAAUUUGCCGUCAACAAUAAGUCCAAAUAUAAUUAAUAACUUAGGGGAAAAUAUUUAUAAGUAUGAUAAUAAGAAGAACUCUGUCGAGGAAUAUGAAAGUCGAUAUGCUGACACUCAUGAGAUUAGUUGUCUUUUAGGACCUAUAGAAAAAGUGUCUACCGUAAAAGCCAAGGUUGAGUUACAGCUACCAAUAGAACUGUACAAUAAAGAAUCUCAGAAGAAAACCAUUGAAAUAAAUCGAGAUACUCAAUUUGAAUCUAUUGUUAUGACUCAAAUCAGAAACAAAACUACUGAUCUUAAUUUCGUCCCUGAUAUACCAAAAUCCCCUCAUGAAGAUUUAUUAGAAAUGAUGGACAAAUUAGAUUUAGAUGAAUAAGUUAAUAAAAACACACUUUUAAGU